AUGGCGCCACGCUCGUACUCGAAGACCUACAAGGUCCCAAGGCGUCCUUUCGAGUCUGCUCGUCUUGACUCCGAAUUGAAGACCGUUGGAGAGUAUGGUCUGCGCAACAAGCGCGAGGUGUGGCGCGUGCUGCUCACCCUCUCGAAGAUCCGUCGUGCUGCCCGUCAACUUUUGACCUUGGACGAGAAGGACCCAAAGCGCCUUUUCGAGGGUAACGCUCUGAUUCGCCGUCUCGUUCGCGUCGGUGUCCUCGACGAGUCCCGCAUGAAGCUCGAUUACGUUUUGGCCCUUAAGGUCGAGGAUUUCCUGGAGCGCCGUCUUCAGACUUGCGUCUACAAGCUUGGCCUUGCCAAGUCCAUUCACCACGCUCGUGUUCUCAUCCGCCAAAGACACAUCCGUGUCGGCAAGCAAAUCGUCAAUGUUCCAUCUUUCGUUGUCCGCCUCGACUCCCAGAAGCACAUCGAUUUCGCUUUGAACUCGCCAUUCGGCGGUGGCCGCCCAGGCCGUGUCCGUCGCAAGAAGGCGAAGGCUGCGGAGGAGAAGAACGGUGGUGAUGAUGCUGAGGAGGAUGAGGAGUAA